AUGCUUCCGAAGGUCACAAAGCAUCAAGAAAAAGUUUGUCAUCACAUCGGGCUAAGGAAGCCUCUCCAAGGGUCAAAAGUGCACUCGCCGAUGGCCUGCGCCACGGUGUUGUGUGGAUGACCCUGCUGGGACCAAACUCAAAGCACAUAUGGAUUGAAGUCAACGCCGUUGAUAACUUUAUCGCAGAACUUAAACCCCCAGUCCUAACGACACUUGUACGCCGGUUGCAUCAGAGCGUGUCGACAUCACCCCCGUUAUGUACCCUUUUCCAUUUCCCCCUGUGUAUGCCAUUUCCACACAGCGUGUCGUGCUUCGUUUUAGCAUUGUCAAGAGGGGUUGCAAAGGACUCGCCCGCCGAUUGGCAGGAGCCGGAUAACUCCGGCGUCAUGUGCAUCCGUGCAACACGCCUGGACGGCAGGGCAUGCACAUCUCAAAUAGGCAACACUUUGCCGCAUUCUCUCGUUCUGAUCCGCAUUACCCGCCAGGCACAUCAGAAUCUCCUCCUUUGCGUUUGGGGCGUAAUGCCACUGCUGGAUAUAGGCAUCAUAGGUUGGUCAUUUGGUCAGGUGGUAUAUAUAUGCCUGAGGGAUGGUCAUCUGCUCGCUUCUGUGUGCACCACUGGGGCACGUUGUUUCACUUCCUUCCCUCAGCCACCAUUGGCCUGCGUCACCCACAUGGACGACAUUUUAUCUUAUUCCACGUUGUGCCCAAGCAGUGUGAUGUCGCAAGCCUCGUCCUGCUCAUUUGCACAGGGCUUGGAUAGUUCGCGAUCAGACUGUCUCCUCUCCCACACGUUUCAGGGUGUGGAACACACCCUCUUUACUGGAAAGGAGGGUCCAGGAUUGCAAUGCACCUUUGCAGGGUCAGGGGGCGGUCAUCCUGCCCCGCAACCGGACAGAGAGGUGCUGACGUCCUCCCAGCCACAUCUGAAGAAUCACUUAACGCUCGUUCCCGAGUCUGACCAGACUUGCUGGGUUCCUGUUUACAAUGAACCAGACGCACAGCUAGGCUCCGACACACAAUUCAUGAAUAUUGGAUCACCUGGUAACCACUGGGGCACGCAAGACCACAGUGGCGAGAUCUUCGGUUCAAUUGGUUCGUUUAUGCCCGCUCUCCUACAUGCGUUGGGGUCACUUGAUGGGCUGGUAUCUUUCUUAGGUCAGAAGGGAAAUGGGGACGUCUCAAAGUACGCGAGGUCGCCUUUGAUUCCUCGGGUUGCCGAGCAAGCAAUGAUGAACCCGCACUGUCCUGGGUUAUGUGUGCAACUGGACAGUGUCGCCGAGCUUACUUCCGUGGACAAUCGUGGAGUGAUGGCUUCCACAAUGAAACCGCCUUCUGCACGCCAGCAUCUUAAGCGCGCUGUACACCAUUCUUGUGGGUGGAUUAAGGAAGAUGGCACAAGAUGUAAUACAUCCAUCACGUACGAAUGUACACGACAUCUGGCCAUUGCUCAUGGUAUUAGGCACCGAAAAAGGCAUCUCAAAAUCCUUUGCUGUUGGUGCAGCCCUCCGAAGCCCAUUAGACGGUCAAGUAUGCUGAGGCACGUGCGAGAGGUUCACUUGGAAUGCUCACGCUCGAACGUGUGCACAUAAUUGUGCUACCUCUCUAACAUUUUUCUUCAUUUCACUCCAGCCCUCUUGUAAUACUAUUUCAUUCCCUUGCUAUCUCCUGCUUUCGCUCUCUGUGUCUUUCUCGUCUCACUCUCUCAUUUCCUCACUCCUUUUUUAUCCUCGUUCUGCCAUGUACAAGCAUGUGUCACGUGAAACGGUG